GUAAAGUUUCUGGUAACACGGUUUUCACAAGAUUCCUGUCCCUGUCAUAAUAAUUGGUAGGUUAAUGGUUCUGUAAACGUGCUUAGAUUAGAUUGUACUAUCACUAUGCCAGCCACAGACUACUCACCAGCAAUGGAAGAAGUGAAAUCAAGUUGGGCUGAUGAGGUUGAGCUAGAAGGGGGCGCUUUGCCCCCGCCUACUGAGGUGGUAGAAAAUGGACUGAAAAUCGUGACCGAAUACAAGUUCAAUGACGACGACAAGAAGGUCAAAAUCAUCAGAACUUACAAGAUAGAAAAGCGAAUCGUCUCCAAGUCAAUUGCUCUGAGGAAAACCUGGAAGAAGUUUGGCGAGUCGGCCGGAGAUAAGUUUGGCCCCAAUCCAGCCACCACCAUUGUAGGGGAAGACGUUUACAUGCAAUUCAUCUCUAGCAAGGAGGAGGACAUGAAACCUGAAGAUGAGGGCAUCGAAAAACUGAAAGGAUUGGGAGACAAAAAUGUUGUCAAAUGUCGUACUUGUGGUAACGACCAUUGGACUACCAAGUGCCCAUGGAAAGAUACCGUUUUGGCUGAUGAUAAGAAACCACCAAUGGCAGCUGGUGCUGCAGGUGGCUCAGAACCAAGCAAACCUGGUGGUUCCAAAUAUGUGCCGCCUAGCCUGCGGGAUGGAGGAGCGAAAAGAUCAGACGGAGCCAACAUGGGCAAACGGGACGACAAUUAUUGCGCGAUCCGCAUUGCCAAUCUCAGUGGAUCUACCACAGACAUUGAUCUUGAGGAGCUGGUUAAACCCUUCGGGCCCAUUCACAAGCUGUAUCUGGCCAAAGACAAGCAAACGGGCUUGUGCAAGGGCUUUGCUUACAUACACUUCAAAUUCAAAGCCGACGCAGCGAAUGCAAUCACACUACUCAAUGGCUAUGGUUACGACCAUUUGAUUCUUCAAGUCGAUUGGUCCAAGCCGGUGAAUAACCAGUAAAAUUAUUAAUUUUAGGCCAUAAUUACAAAUAAAACCUAAUUAAUAACGGUAUAA